AUGCGCCACCAGGUCAUCCUGGACGGUGAUGAGUGGGAGAGGGUCUUGACGGCUGCCCUAGAGAAGGCCAUGGAGGCAUUCCGCGAGGAUGUGGCCGAGAUGCUACACCUCUCUGUGGACGCCGUGAAGCCACCGAUGAACACCGGCGCGUUUCAGGUGGAGCUCAUUGUCAAGCACGCGGCAAACGUGUCUGUGGCUACCAUCAAGGCAGAACUGGCGGAGUGCAAAUUCGAGCGCACCUGGCUCGUGGAGACAGUCACCGGAGGCAGCUCCUCUAGAACAGCCCCGCAGUAGUCGCAGAGCGCUCUGACUGAUGUGCGUCGGAACGGGAAUGCCGCACAGGGCCAUGAGAGCGACGAUGCCGAGCGCGCAGUGACCACUCGUCACCGCCUGCGUUUUCCUGGUGACGCCUGGGCAACUGUGAUGAAGGUGCACGGUGAAGAUGCCGUGACGAGUGCACUCGUGCGGGACGUCCUUGACAAUGCCAAUCAGUGUCAAGGAUGGCGAUGUCCGUGUGCAGCGCUUGGAGAAAGCAAGCCAUUUGGCUGAGUUGGUCACCACCCACUCCGCUUCCCUCUCGCGGAAGGAGAUUGUCAACGCUAUGGGGUCGUUUGCUUUUCCGGAAAUAUGGGAGCUGUUCUUCCAGCAAGAUGGAAAGUCUCUCGCCCCUCCACAGGCGCACCCUUCCGAGAACCCACGUGAAGGCUUUGCAAUAAUGAUGACGACUAUGCAAAACUGCUUCCACGGGCACAACUGUGGCGCUGUUCUUACAGGAGACGAGGAAAAACUGCGCAGCUGCAUCCAGGAGGACGUCGUCACAAGGUUCAAGGUACCACCGAGCGCGAUGCAGAACGUUAAGCUCAGCAUGGGCAGUCUGCUGGUGGUCUUCGACCUGCAGCACAGCUUUGCAGCAGAGUAGAAGACACUCGAGAAGGCACUUUCCAAGUGUCCCUUCAGAAAAACGUGGUUCCUGUACGAGCAGUACAAUUCUACCCCCGAGGACGCGUCACUCAUCGCCACCAUCUCCACUUUCCCGGCUCCGCCUGGCCGCCCGUGCUGGCGGCAUAAUGGAUCGUUCUGCACAGCGCCCUUGUCGCCGAUGUAGCGGAGCAGCUCUCUGUUCAGGAGUCGCACGUGGCGGACGUGUUCUUCACCAGUGCUCUCAAGGUGAUGUUCACUGUUUUUCACGCCCCGACACUCACGCGACACGCGGUCGAUGUGCUGCUCAGUGAGGGCCACUUCACUCGCAUGUAGGAGCUGUACAUGGAGAUGGAGUCACCGAGUUCAACACAGAAAUGUGCUGUUUCGCUUUCCGCUGCUGCCGAGACCGCGAGCCUCAUGCAUAUUUCUCGCAGAGCUAGUCUAUUUAUGGACUCGUGCGCCGCCGAUGCAGUGACAGGCCACCGUCAGGUGUGCCUUGAGAGAGCGGAGUGGGGUGCGGUCACUAGCGAGAGCAAGGAGCAGCUGCGGAAGGCUUUCGUGGCUGACGUUGAGGCUGCAGUCGGCGUAUCGGGAGAUGCCGUGCAGUCGGUAACGUUCCACCUGGGUACCCUGGCCAUCGACUACGCGGUGGUCCAUGCGCCGACUCUUGACCGCAAAGAGAUGGACAGCCAGCUCAAGGUCUUCAAGUAUUCUCGUACCUGUGCCGUGUACCUCGGCUCCACGGCGAAAAAGGCGCAAGAGUCAGCUGCGCACACCACCGCGCAUCAUCACGUGAAGCUGGAAGGGGACGAGUAGGGCACGCUGAUUGCAGAGCAGUACAGCGAAUUUGAGACGGCCUUCGUGAACGACGUGGCGGCGUCGCUGGGGUUGCCAAAGGAGGUCAUUACGAACGUAUCAUGCCGCUUGGGGGGCUUACUGAUUGGCAUGGGCAUUCGUCACCCAAGGGAGUGGUGACGACAGGCGAUGGUUCGACAACUAGCGUCCUUCCCGUACACGAAGACGUGAACCCUGUAUCAGUCAGUAAAACUCCGAUUAAUGCACACACAGGUGGCAGAACAUCGCGUCCUCAUUGAAGGCGGUCAUUGGCCCACUGUCCUUGAAGAUCAGGCGACUGAUCUAAACCGAGCUUUCAAGUAGGACGUUUGCGUAACCGUGCUGCUGCCGGUGUCAGCUGUGAGAGACCCCCUGUUCAGUCUAGGCAGUUUCGUCGCUGAAUUUUCCCUUACACACGAGGAGGUAGAGCAUCGCGCGUAUGACAAGAGGUUUGCACAGUGUCUCUUCAGUCGAACGUGGGCCUUCUACGAACCUCCACCCGAUUGGUGCAAUGCUUCGCCAGCGAGCACAGUCACCACAGCACAUUACGUGGAGCUUGUGGGGUACAACAAAGCAACCUUCAUGCAAUACACAGAAACUGCCCUGACAGAGACACUACAGCCUGAUGUGCGCACCGCCUGCAAAACGCUACUUGCUAAACUCACUUGCGUUACCUUCAACAAUACUCAGUUCUCCAUGUGA